UUCCAGUAACAGCUUUCCAUAUCAGGAAGACUGUGAGACAUUACAGUGUAGCCCACAGCAAAGUAAACGUUCACUUUCCCAGGAAAUGGGUCGGAGCUGAAGAACUGGAUUGUUUUCGAAGGAGAAGAAGAACAAAUGGUUUCAGCAUGGAGUUAAUGAGGCCAGUUCGCGAAAGGAUAUCCCUGGUCCUUCUUAUUUUGGUGAAUAUUACAACAGCUCUCUCUGGCCAAACUCUCGACUGUACCAACGACUAUGAGUCACAGGUGUUUUGCCACUUUGAAGCGCAAAACUGCUCUGAAUACAAGUUGACUUUCCUGAGCAACAGCGGAUACGGGGAGAAGCAUAGCAAUUUUAAACAGUGUGACACUGCACAGUGUUGCUCUGUCCACCAAGAAGAGAUACUUGUUGCAGGGGAGUCUUUUACAGCCACAGUUUGGAAAGGAGGCGAUCGCAUAGAGUCUAAAAUAAUCAACGUCACAGACAGCAUAAAGCCCAAAACCCCAACAAUUGUCUCAGUGAAAGAAUCUAAUGGGAAUUUUCAUGUCAAGUGGAAGCAGAACGUGAAGAAAAGUUUAAGAGAUAACUUGAGUGCUAAUGUGACUUACCAUAAAAAAGGAGACGCAAAAAAGGUGUCUGCUAUUGUCACACCAACUACUCUCAACGAAUUUGGUUACUAUGAAAUACUUGGUCGGGGCUUGGAGCCAAGUACAACAUAUGUGGUCAGCGUGACAAACCAAAUAGACUUGAGUGGAAAGUUCAGUGACAGUAGUGAAGAGCGGGAAUUCACAACCCCCAUGUCCUCCACUGUCCUGUCCUUGGUUAUCAUCAUCAGCCUCGGUUUUGCUGCAAUCAUCAUCACCGUUGCUUUAAGUGGCUGUUAUGUAAAGCUCAAAACAAAGUGGUGGGACACAGCUGCCAAAUGUCCAAAUCCUAAACUUCUUAUUAUGCAUCCAGGAGAGCAAGAGGUCUUGAAGCCUGUGCCACCCAUCAUCUCCUCUGUCUGUGUUGAGCCCCUUGUUCCAGAUGACAGCAAACCAUGGUCGAAGGAGUCCCUGAGAGACACUAGCAGUGGGAGCCUUCAGCAAAGCAGUGGAAUCAGUACUGGCUCUUCUGGUCUCAGUUAUGCAAAUACAGAACCUAACGUUAUAGCCUGUGUUCAGGAUGCCCUUCUUAAAGCCCUCCCCAACAUCAGCCCGAUAUCACAUUUAAUCACCAAUUCAUUUACAGAAGUAAACCAAGACAGUGGUUUGCUCUCCUCUUCCUACAACCCUUGUGGUGUCAGAGCUAAUGACAUGAGUUCUGGAUCAUGUGGCUUUGAAAAUAAAACCUACUCCAUCCUCAUUCCCAGCGGCCCACAUCAGAAUCUGACGGACAACUCUGAGCUUCCGACGGACACUGAAAUGCUUUGUGAUUCUGAAUACCAUCCUAGUGUGGGUGACGUGACCUGUGUUGACCAACACACACCAGCUUGUCCGCUUGUUAAUUUUCCACCAGUGGUUUUAUCUCUAAUGCCAACAGACAUGUCAUAUCAGCAAAGCAAUGCAGAUUCUGGGGAAUUUUCAUAUGCAGAAGACUCCAGUUUGUCCUCCGUCUCUAGUGGAACCAACACGAUUGCGUUAUGUGAUCCUGUGUCCAGAGUCGAGGGCGGGUGUAAGAGCAUUAUAUGUGAUGAAAACCCCUGCUACGGCUGUGCGCCUGCAGGCUCACACAGCUUUCCUCCAGUGGAUGACGGCUACCAGGCAUUUCAGAAUCUGGUGGAGCAGCCUGAUAUUUUGUUUUCAGAGGAGAGAAGUGGUGAGAAAGAGGAACGUUUCAACAGAUACCCAGAGGAAUCAUUCACCAAGAUGCCUCAAAGCUUCUUGAGCCCAGUUGUCCGAGGCGUCAUUAACAAUGUCCAGGGUGGCCAGUGUCUCUCUGAGCUCCAAAGACCUUUUCUCUCUUUGAUCCCUGCUCACCAGUCUAUGCCACUAAUCACAGACAGCGCCUAUCAGAGUGUGUAGCGCUGAAAUUGUAUUAUGUGCAAUUUGUGCUUCUUUAAAUUAUUGAGAAACGAGAACAGGAUGUGGCUGUGAAUGGUGUUUACAACUGUAACAUGACUCAGGUUUAAAAGUCAACUGAACUCGGAAACAGCGGCAAAACCAUCUCACCUUAAGAUCCAUUUAGUAGCUGUUCCUGAUCUUUCAGUUUGCCCUGUUGUCAUGGAUAUCUUCCGAAGAAGAUUAUGUAAUCAUGACCGAAAGCUUCAUAACAGUUAAGAAAUUAACUUUGAGUUGACAUUGUUUUCUCAACUGUGACAUGACUGUUUUAAUACUUCUCAUGGUCCUGGAUACUUUUUUUUUUUGCGGCAGCGAUUCAAAGAAAACACAUCUUUGCACCUUAAGAACAGUUGAUUUGUUUAAUUUAUGAAUACUUUGCAACAGUGUAUGACUGCUUUUCAUGUGAAACAUCAAUUUAAGUUUGUACAUAAAAAUAUUCAUGUAAAAUGUCUGUCAUAAACAGAAUGCACUUAGCUUGGCAUCGCCAGACUAAUUCGCAAAUGCGUAUUACAGCACAUGAAACAUGAGCUCACAGAUUCGUCUGGUUUCCAGGCUAGAAUCCACUUGCUUUGACUUUUAGAUGUGUGCUUGCUACAAAUGCUUGAACAAAAAAGCUGCAGUCAGCUCACAUAUUCAUAUCUCACUUGUCAUAUUAAACUAAGGUCAUUUGUUUUUCCCAUAGCCCAUAGGAAAUAUGAAUGUUGUAUAAUACAAUGUAAAUGUUGUAUAAAGCUUAUAGGAAAACACUGUCUGAAAUCAUGUCCAACCAUCCAGUCUAUAGUAUUAGUAAGACUUUAGUGAAAUAUGAGUUAACAGAAGAGUCAUCAUCUGCAGGAAAUGAGCUGGUGCAAUUCAGGGUUGUGAAAUUGCUUCUUCAUAGCUCUUCUCUGGAACUGCCAAGCCACUUCCACUUUCAACAUGGACACAAGAUAAGAACCUGGAAAUGUAUUUCUGGAUCUAUUUUAGAUCUACUGUAUUUUAAUGUUUUUUUGUGUCUGUCUUUUUGUAAGUGUAAGAUUUUACAUUAGGCCUAGAUAGUGUCCUAAUUCUUUUUAAUGCAAUGAAAAAUGUGUCCUUAUCAGGUACACUAAAUCCCAUAAUGCAACACUUCAACUUUAAUAUGCAUAAUUUACAGUUGUAGGGCAAUAUCAUGGUGCACAAUGAUGAUCAUUCUGAAGUUUCUGAAGAUUAAAUAGGCUACAGUUAUAUAUAUAUAUAUAUAUAUAUAUAUAUAUAUAUAAACACAUAUAUGUUUUUCAAACCCCUUAACACAAUCAACACAACACUACACCAAAGUAGCACAACACCUCAGAUCAUUUGCAAAAUGGAACACUUUUGUCAAAACUAUAUAAUGUCUUAUAAAAACCCUAUUUUGUUGUCAUGACAUAAACACAACCGUCAUAUGGUCUGAUUCUGUUUCAGUUAAAUCAGUUAAACACUCCUGUGCUCAACCUAAAACAAUUUUAGCAUUUACGUAGAGAAAGUGUAAAAAUAUUUCCACGACAUCAAUUGUGCAGACUAAUGAAAAUAUUUACUUCUUUUCAUGUACUCAAGUCAGUCAAUACUGAACAUUUCAGCAAAACAUUUUCCAGUUUUCAUACAGUAUUAUCAAGUUUAUCAAGUCACUCUUGAAAACACACUUCUAUUCAAUUGCUUUUAAUAGUGUUUAAUUUGUUUUUAAUUUUUCUUGUUUUGUCUGUCAUGUGAUAUUCUAUUGCUCUGUAAAGCACAUUGGUCAGCUUGUCUGUAUAAAUAGUGCUGUAUAAAUAAACUUUGACUUGACUUGA